AUGGAAGUUAUGUACAGUUGUUGCACGAGUAUAUUUGCUGUCACUCUGUCCUGUGAGAGAUGUAUCGACCACAUUCUCUGUUCACUUAUUAACGGUCUCCAGAUUUCGGGAAUGCAGAUGUUGCUCUUUUGUGUGCUUCGUUUCCGCACUGUCAUUAUUUCCGUUUCCACUCCGUGGAAAGUUAUGCCGAUUUGCGAAUAGUAGCUGUAUCACAGCGGAGAGUAGGGGCAUCGCAGUGAACUUUAUUCGGGAACGGAAAAGCUUUUUCGGCGGGAUCAUGGGGGACAUCGAGGCUCCGGAGAAUAACCGAUCACGACAGAACAUAAUCCAUUCUCUUCUCCCGAGUAAGGAAUUCAUCACCUCCCGAAAAGGACUGCUGCUGCUCGGUGAAGUGGUGAUGUCGUUUAUCAGUUUUGUGUGCUUUGCUGCUUCGACAGCAGCUGCCUUCGUCACAGCUCCCCUGAUAGAGUUCUUGGCCGCCCUCUUCUUGUUGUUUGCUUAUUCUACAAAGUUCAAUGAGAGAUUUAAGGGCUUUCACUGGCCCCUCAUGGACUUCCUGCGCUGUGUCAGUGCUUCCAUCAUCUUUUUCAUCAUCUCUAUAAUAUCUGUGUCAAAAUAUGUGGAUGGAGCCUCAAAGGCCGCUGGGGUCUUUGGCUUCAUUACCACAAUAUUCUUUGCCCUGGACUUUUAUUUCAUUUUUAAUGAACUGGCCAACUUCCUCAAGGGAGGUGAUUCCAGUGAAGAGCCACCAAACACACAAGGUAUCUGCACUGGGUUCUUAUUCACUACCAUUCAAACGUUUGGGGUCAGUAAGAAUGAAUUAUCUUUUUUUUUUUUAAGAAAUUAAUUUUUUUUUUCAGCAAGAAUUAAAUAAAUUGACAGUAAAUGUGCAUAAAGACAUUUAUAUUUUUACAAAAAAUAUUUAUAUUUCAAAUAAAUGCUGUUAUUUUGAACGUUCUAUUCAUCAAAGAAUCCUGAAAAAAUGUAUAUUGCAGUUUCCACACAAAUAUUAAGCAUCACAUCUGUUUUCAGAAUUAGUAAUAAAACAAAAAGCUUCUUCAGUGUCAAAUCAGCAUAUUAGAAUGAUUUCUAAAGGAUUGUGUGACACUGAAGACUGGAGGAAUGACUGCUGCUAAUUCAGCUUUGAACACAGGAGUACAUACAACUGUAAAACAGUUAUUUUAUAUUGUUAUAUUUUACAAUUCCAAACUUCUGAACAGUUAUGCAGCUACUGAGAUGUGGAAGUACUCUUUUCUCUCUCUCUCUCUCUCUCUCUCUCUCUCUAUCUUUCCUGGAGUUUCAUUUACAUGAUACA